CCAAAGCUUGCGCGGGGGAAGCGGGGCCGCGGCUGGGUUGGGUGAGGGCGGACGAGGCAAUCUGUGAGACGGCCUGCAGCCGCCGCUGCUUCUCGGCACGCGGGCGCGCUCUGACCCUUCCUUUUUGGGCUGCCUCGCCGGCGCAUGCACGGUCGGCGUCCCCGGGCCUCGAACUCCAGGGCCUCGCCGGGCAGGCCGCGGAUCGCCCACCCCUUCCCCUAGUGUGAAUCCGCCGGGACCCGGCCGCCGCCAAGCGCGGGCGCCACAGGAGCGGCGGCGCCAAAGCCGCGCCCCAGGCUCGGAAGAACCGCCCUGAGUGGCAGCCUCGUCCUCUGCAGCCGAACGGCGGAUUUAUUUAUUUGACCGAGAGAGAGGGGGAAGCAGGCUCCCUGCUGAGCAGAGCCCUGAUGUGGGUCUCAAUCCCAGGACCCUGAGAUCAUGACCUGAGCUGAAGGCAGAGCCUUAACCCACUGAGCCACCCAGGAUGUUCUUUUAAAGAAUUACUGAAGACGAAGUUUUUUUUUUUAAUGGCUUUACAGAAUUUUAAAUCAAAUACAAUUUGACAUGACGGCAAAAAAUGUUGGUUUGACUUCUACAAAUGCAGAACUGAGAGGAUUUAUUGACCAGAAUCUCAGUCCAACAAAAGGAGACAUCUACAAAGAAGUUACUUUGGACAUGUCAAAGGAGUUACUGCCUGUGCUGUCUUCUGGGAUUUUUAUGGUUUCAGGUAACAUUUCAUUUGUUGCAUUUCCAGUUUCCAGCACCAACUCACCAACAAAGAUUUUACCAAAAACCUUAGGACCAAUAAAUGUGAAUGUUGGACCCCAAAUGAUUAUAAGCACACCACAGAGACUAACCAGUUCAGGAAGUGUUCUGAUUGGGAGUCCAUAUACCCCUGCACCAGCAAUGGUUACUCAGACACACAUAGCAGAAGCUACCGGCUGGGUCCCAGGUGAUAGAAAACGAGCUAGAGAAUUUAUAGAUUCUGAUUUUUCAGAAAGUAAACGAAGCAAAAAAGGAGAUAAAAAUGGAAAAGGUUUGAGACAUUUUUCCAUGAAAGUGUGUGAGAAAGUUCAGCGGAAAGGUACAACGUCAUAUAAUGAGGUGGCUGAUGAGCUGGUAUCAGAGUUCACCAAUUCAAAUAACCAUUUGGCCGCUGAUUCGCAGGCUUAUGACCAGAAGAAUAUUAGGAGAAGAGUUUAUGAUGCUUUAAAUGUGUUAAUGGCAAUGAACAUAAUUUCAAAAGAAAAAAAAGAAAUCAAGUGGAUUGGCCUGCCUACCAAUUCUGCUCAGGAAUGUCAAAAUCUUGAGAUAGAGAAGCAGAGGAGGAUAGAACGGAUAAAGCAGAAGCGGGCCCAGCUGCAAGAACUUCUCCUGCAGCAAAUCGCUUUCAAAAACCUGGUUCAGAGAAAUCGGCAAAAUGAACAGCAGAACCAGGGUCCUCCAGCUCUGAACUCCACCAUUCAGCUGCCAUUUAUAAUCAUCAAUACAAGCAGAAAAACAGUCAUAGAUUGCAGCAUCUCCAGUGACAAGUUUGAAUAUCUUUUUAAUUUUGACAACACCUUUGAGAUCCAUGAUGACAUAGAAGUACUGAAGCGGAUGGGAAUGUCCUUUGGCCUAGAGUCGGGCAAAUGCUCUCUGGAGGAUCUGAAACUUGCUAAAUCGCUGGUGCCAAAGGCCUUAGAAGGUUAUAUCACAGAUAUCUCCACAGGACCUUCCUGGUUAAAUCAGGGAUUACUUUUGAACUCUACUCAAUCAGUUUCAAAUUUAGACCUGACCACUGGUGCCACCUUGUCACAAUCAAGUGUAAACCAAGGGUUGUGCUUGGAUGCUGAAGUGGCCUUAGCAACUGGGCAGUUCCUUGCCCCAAACAGUCACCAGUCCAGCAGUGCGGCCUCUCACUGCUCUGAGUCGCGAGGCGAGACCCCCUGUUCAUUCAACGACGAAGAUGAGGAAGAUGACGAGGAGGAUUCCUCCUCCCCAGAAUAAAGACAGGAGAAAACCCACAUUUUAAUAUUUGAUGCUCAUGUGUGUUUUUAGUGUGAGCUCUUGUUUUUGAAAUGAUUGCUUCAGUCUUUGCCUUUGUUUGCACUGUGUGUUCAGUGAAAACUAGGGAAACACAAUAAGCAAAUUAUCUGAAGGCUGAGAUGAUUGAGAUGAAAGUUAACAUAGCAUGAAUGAAAACUCUGAAUGACAGAGCCAUGGAUCACACCGCAAACAAAGCGGUUUUCUGAGGUGAUAGAGGGGACAGUCCCUAAAGAAUUGGCAGCAUGAAUGAAGCUCAUUUAUCUUCCAUGAGUUGGGAUCCUUGUGUUCCCCCACACCCACGUAACCCUCCUUAGAAUCAAGAUUGCUGUAGCGAAUAGCCAGUGACAUCACGUUUGUCAUGUCUUUCUUCCUCGACUGGGCUGCUUUUUACAAGCAGAAGUGACCAUGAGAGGAUCCAGUGAGGAUGAGUUGUACAGCGAGGGGUGUAGACAGCAAUCCUUGUGGUCUAAGGAGUUUAGAUUGAACUGCUGAACUAGUUGGAAGUCUAGUUGAGGUGCUUGGUGCAUCAGCUGCCUUAGACAGCUUCUAGAAAGGAGCAAGCGCUAAUUCUUAAGUACUUAAGUGACAUUUAGAAUAAUUUAUAGUAAAACUGAAACGAUCAUUAUUAGCCAAUGCGUUGGUGCAUAGAAUUUUCUAGGGCUACUUCUGGAAGCCAAAAUAGAAUAGUGUUUCCAUGUGCAUUAAAUACCUUGCCAGCACUGCCUUUGCCAGCAUUUGAAAUCUGGAAUUUUACAGAGAAGGAAAUUGUAUCUGUAGUUUUAAUCAAAGCUGUGCAUUUCAUAUAGCUUUUUCAUUUAAAACAGAACCGAGAAACAAAUUCCUGUGACUGAACUGCUUGCUUAGAGUUCCCUACAGUGCUUGUAUGAUUUUACUCCGUGUGCAAUUUGUGAAAAUGAACCAAAUGUCAUUACUUUUGUCUUAAAAGAAAAGUCUACUUCAAGAAUAUGGACAGCAAUGUUUUCCUGUACAUGUCACCUUUUGUACAUUUUCGUUUAUUGAAAUUACCGUAUUUGGCUUAUUCCUGGCUAAACUGCAUUUCAAAUUAAUCUGCUAUUCAGUGUUUCACAGAAACACGGAAGAAUAUUGAUCACUCCAAACGCUUGGAUCUGUUUCAUAUUGUGCAGUAAACAGUAUGUUGUUCCAUAGCCAAAGAUGCCACUGGGAACACUACACUGGUGUAGUCACAGUUCCUGCUCCUCCGAACAAGGGAGCAUGGGGAUAUCUGCCAGCGUGGCCAAACCCCAAUCUAAUUUCACAGUAAGGCCUUCAGAAGGAGCAAAUAAUAAUGGAAAAUAACCCUUUGACUCGAAUCAUCUGGAUUUGCCACUAGAUUAAUCUAGCACCUUUGGGCCCAGCACAGGCUUGUCCCAGAUUGGUGCUUUUCUAAAUCCAUGGGGGAAGUAUGGAUGCCUUCUGAUAUCUUUUUCACUCUGCUUCCAGUGAGCCAGAGGUGAAAGAUACGGCUAACCUAAAAUUUUUACUAAGGCUGUGAAAACUAAUACAUGAGAACACACAACUUUAAGUUCCUUUGAGACAGCACUCAUUCUGUCAGAAAGAAGCCAUAGUGCAGACUUGGAGUGAUCAAGGGGGCAGCGAGGUGGAGGCAGUUCUUAGAGAAUUCCAUCUCUGCCUGAGUGCAGGGGCACAGCUCCAAGGCUGGGUGGAUGGCCGGAGCCCGGAGGACCGCAGAGACUGCAGUGGGGCUCCGAGCGCUUCUAAGACAUUUCUGACUUGAAGAUCAUCAGCUAAAAGCUGAGUAAAACUGAGUUUCCUGCCAAACUGCCACCUCCUUUACUAACUCCAACCUUAACCACCCACAUCCCUAUACUUGAGGGGGGUGGGCACUGCUAGCUCUUUAGUCUUCAGAAUCUUUUAUACAGGUUCCAAGACCUGAACUUCAACAUUUGUACAGAUACAUUAACCAUAACCAUUCCUCCACCAAAUAGCAGAGUCCUUGUUGGAGCUCUUGGGACACCACCCCCUUCUCUAUUCUCUCUCUCUUUCUCUCUCGCUCUCUCGCUCUCUCUCUGCUGCUAUAGUGUUGUAAACUGAUAAAACACAGGUUUGUUUUUUUAAAAGCAACCAAAGACUCCUAACGUAACCGGUGCCCCAUCACUGGCCCUCUCAGCAUGUGCAUGUGGUAUUUGGUGGGAAAUGGUCUCCGUCCCUCAGCAAUGUAUUUGGCUUCCUGCUGAGGACAUCUGUUGGAGUCACCGUGGUCACCAGUACAUGUCGCUCAUAUAAAGCCUUACCUGAGCAGAAAACUAAGUUGAGAUAUUUAGAAAGAUAAAUUCUUUUAUUCUUCUGUAUCUCCCCUAAAGAGAUUUUUUAAAACUUCAACACUCAGUCACAAUUGCAUAUAGAAGUCGAAGUAACAAAAUGUUGGGAAAUUAUGGUCACAACAUCCAGGAUUCUUCAUAGCAUAGCCCUUGGGGUUACCUGCACAUACAGACACCGCUCCCAGAAGGUGCUCAUCCCACUCUGCUUUUCGGGGAGUUUGAGAGGCCUUUUUCCUCCUCGAGGGUGAGUUCAGCUGUGACCCUUUGAAGUGCAUCAUGUCAUCUGGUCAGUGUAUUCAUGCUCCCUUUAGCAUUUACGCAGGGGGGGCAACAGACCUGCCCCAGCUGGCCCUCACACUGGGAGGGUAAUACUGCCAGAGUCCACGGCAGUGAUUCCGGCCCCCAGGCACCUGCCCAAGCUCCCCUACCCCCCACCCCAUGAAUCUGUCUCAUCUACUUCAUCCUUUCACGAUGACAAGGGCAUGAGAACAGCUCUAGUAAGUGCUGAUGUGAAUUGUGCCUUAUGACCACAGAGGGCGCUAUGGAGCGGGCAGGAAAGAGGGUGCUGACACUGGCCCUGGACAACAUGACAGAUGAUGACCACAUAUUUGGUUUGCCACAAUUUACUUCUUUGUAGGAGUGGUGGGAGUUUCGGCCAUUGUAGCAGGAGGAAAGAGGAGAACUCCCCUCACUGGCAGAAUUUGCAGUUGUAACCACACCCUACCAUAUUUGAAAAAUAAAGCCAGGGUCAGUCCUCAAAUGCAAAAUAGCUCCUAUCAGAUUGUUAAAAUGGGGAUGUUUCACAAACUUGCAGACAUCUAUCACUGGGCUGGCUGUUCGCUAAAACCACAACUCUUGGUUACUUGGGUCAGCAGAGUUGCUCCAAAUAUGUAACUUGGGCCCUGGGGACGCAGUGGCGGUGGGUGUUCUUGGGGGUAGGGUUACAAAGGAAGGGAGGGAGCGGCCAAAGCUAUUUGUCUCAUAACCACACUCAGAGAGAGAGUUGGGGGAGGGGGCUGUUUAACUUGAUCAGUGGUUCACUUUAAGGGCCCUAUCCAGCUCCCUCUCCUCAGGCAUAUGAACAAAGUAUGUCUCCCCAGUAGAUCUGGGAUGUAGGUGUUAAGAUUGUACCUCCUUAGUGGUAAGUAUGGAGUGGGUGUUGGACAGUGAAUGUAAAUAUUUAAUCCUUCAAUAGGUAUUUGAGUGAAUAAGAAACAGAAAACAUUGAGAAUGAUCAGUGCUAAGGGGGAAAAUGACAGGGUAAAUAAGAUGGUGGGGGGAAGGCGACUUUGGCUGAGGUGGCCAGGGAAGGCACCCCCCACCCCGAGAAAGUGACAUUUGUCCUGGAUCAGACAAUGAAAGACUUGCCGAACCACUCUGUCCCGUAAAAUGCACUUUUUAAGCAUACAUUUUGGAGUUUAUUAAGGAAUUUUUAAGAUUCAAAAGAAAAACGAAUUUAGCUACCAGCAGUAUCCAUAAACCAAGAGAAGAUUCUAACUAACCCAUGACAUUCUCAUUAUUAGCUUCAUCACCUUGCAGUGGAACCUAUAUCAUAGAAAAGUAGUCACUUUUCUAGGUGUUUUCUUCUAAUUUUUCAAGUGGUUAGAUACAUAAAGAUCUACUUUUUAUAUUAGAUACAUAAAAGAUAAUCUUUUACUCUGCGUGUGGAUUGGCCUUAGUGGAGCUAAAGACUCCCCCAGGAUAUUUUCACAAAUAGGCUCCGCAUUUUCAUGACCCAUGGCAGCAGUCUGUGGGCACUGCCAGUCCUGAGUUUGUGUUUAUGGGAGACCCACAAGAGUGCCUCGGCCUGCACUGUGCCGCCUGCCUCAGGAGUGUGCCUCCCCGCCCUCUAAAUCACAGCUGGCAGUUAAAGCUUCAGGUAAGCCACACUAUUACUUAAAAGAGAAAAGCCUGAUAUUUGCUUAAGAUCUUUCCUUUUUAAGAAAAAUGUAAAUGCCCACAUAAUGAUAACAUUUCUCAGGAAUUAGCCCCUUCAAGGUAUCUCUGAACAGUUAUGCUUACGUAACUUUUGAGAUCCAGUUCCCCCACAUAUGUCUACAUUCACACUAUGCUAAAGAAGAAAAAGUGGUGGACGUGCAACUCUGACCCUCCAGUUAUGCCGUGGGUAUGUCUGAUGCAUACAGAAGCAUAAAUGGUAGCAGACAGCCAUGCAUGAUAGUACUGAAGACAGCAAACAGUGUGUUCUUUUCAUACGUGCAUUCUGUGCAGCUCUUCCUCAGUCAAGGUGAAAUCCUGUGUCAUUCUUAUACGGCCUUUGCUUUUCAAAAAGGACUCUAGAAUCCAGUGUUGUCUUGACCCUUGCUGGUCCAACAGACUGGACUUUGGGCCUCCCUGCUUAGAGCUGUGUUGGAAGCCAGCAUAGAUGAAACGGGCAGGACUCACCUUUUCUCCACCCAGGGUCUCAGAGAGAAAGGGAGCAUCUCUUCCACCCCAUUCAUUGAGAAACAAGCUGAGAGGGGCGCCUGGGUGACUCAGUGGGUUAAGCCUCUGCCUUCGGCUCAGGUCAUGGUCUCAGGGUUCUGGGAUUGAGCCCUGCAUCAGGCUCUCUGCUCAGCAGGGAGCCUGCUUCCCCCGCCCCCCACCUGCCUCUCUGCCUACUUUUGAUCUCUCUGUUAUAUAAAUUAUUUAAAAAUUUAAAAAGAGAGAGAGAGAGAGAGAGAGAGAAACAAGCUGAGAGCUUGACCUGCCUAAUAUCCCUCGGCCUGUCUGGCCGAGUUUGUACCACAACCCAGAAUUUCUUCCUGUGAGGGCCACAGGGCCUUCUGAAAACCGUCCCCUCACUACAGUCCUUCCAAACAGCUCUGAAUAAGUAUCAGUCCUCUGUCGCACCAAGUGCUUCACAGCCAAGGAGCACAAGUGGAACUCCACUCCUGAGUCCCCACCAUGAGGCUAUGGUGUCAGCUUUGGGCCCCUCUCCACCUGGGAGACCCCAGUUUUAGACCUCACACCUGGGAAGAAACUCCUUCCUCCAUGAGCAAAGACUGCCCUGCAUGUUGGUCAUUGAUAGGAGGCUGAAGAGGCUGGUUUAUUAGUAGAUCUUUCUGUACCACAUUAGCUUGUUUCUGUCUGUUCUGUCUCAACAAGGAAACUCCCCCCAGAUCAUGUUUGGGGUUAAAAACCCUUUGUCACUUCAGACUCCCCAUGUCACUAAUCAUACAUCAUCUUCCGCAUGCCAGGCACCACCUAGUAACAAAUGGCCUGAUGUUUUGUUUUGUUUUGUUUGUUCAUAGUGGGUCAGCGUUUUUUUUUCAGACCACAGUUUGAAGACUUCUCUGAGCACAUUGCAGUUAUGUUCCUCCUAGCAGCACAAUGGCAGGUUCCACCUUUCAUUAGCAACCAGCCCAAGCUCACUGGCAGCUGCUCCGCGGGCCUGAGCUCUUAGGACCAUGAUCUGGUACUGGGAGUUCCUUGAGGUGUUUUGUUUACCACCACCACACUUGACUUUGAGACAGAAGAGAGGCUCUGAGGCAAAACCACAAGUUUGUUCACCUUUUCCUUUGGAGAUGCUUUAUUCCGAUCAUGUGCUGUUGGGUUUGGUUUCCAGAAAAUAUAGUCUGCUUUUUUUCUGCAUGAAGGAAACAUUGUGGUGCCACAUGCUUUAAACAGUUUAAACGAGAGAAGUCAGGGGAAGAUGCAGACACCACAUCUGAUUUGCCUAACGUAGACUAUUAGAUUGAAGUACCUAACCUAAUAUGAUGUAUUAUUUUAUAGCAUCUCAAACUUUGUAAAUAAAUACCGUUAUUUUUAUAUGGAAAUUUUAUAGAAGAGCUAUUUCUGUAUACUUAAUUAUUCCUGGAUUUCCUGAAAUUGCUUCCAAUAGAUAACAAGUUCUAAGCAGUGUUCCUCUAAGGAUGGUUCAAGGACCACCUGCGGCAGAAUUAACGAGGAGAGUUCUAAAAUGUUGCAUCCCCAGGACCCACCCCAGAUGCUCCGAAGUGCUAGCAGUGGGCCUCCCUGGGAAGUUGUAUUUGUAAUAAACUCUGAGUGAUGGUUUUUGUCUAUUAAAGUGUAUCUUUAUCCAUCCUGUAAGCUUAAAAGAAGGAAAGAAAAAACAUCUGAGAUGAGUGUAACUUGUGCUUGAGGAAAAAAAGGAUCAGACUAUUCUAUGAUUUGAAUGAGAUGUAUUAUAGAAAAAAUAAAUAAUUUAAAUAA